AUGACCAACCCGGAGUCGGAAUGGCCGCCCUCGCCGGUCAACAUUAUUUCCGAGGUUCCAGAAACCCGAUCGGUCGCGUGUUUCGCGUCUUCCACCUCGUACGCCGAAGACCUUAUGAGGCGAUAUUCUUGCGUGAAACGAUUACGCAGAAUCGUCGCAUAUUGUCUUCGGUUUGGAAGGUACCGUAAAAACAAGGGACCAUUAACGGCAGAGGAGCUCCACCGAGCCAAUAUUAAAAUGAUGCAACUCCUGCAAGGGUCCGCCUUCCAGGAAGAACUGCGAGCUCUUAGAGACAAAAGGGACCUGCCCAACAGCAGCAAACUGCUACCGUUGCGGCCCUUCCUGGACGAGGAUGACCUACUGCGAGUAGGAGGCCGCCUUCAAAAUUCAGCCUUACCGUACGAAGCGAAACAUCCCAUACUGCUACCCCAACAUCACCAUCUCACAACCAUCAUCAUACGCAACGCCCAUCUCGAAGCUCACCACGCGGGCAUCAACACCACGUUGUCGAUCGUUCGACAACAAUACUGGCCGAUCAACGGAAGGAACACGACACGCCAGGUCGUGCGGCAAUGCGUCAGGUGCUUCCGCAUAGACCCACCGGCGGUCAAUUACACGAUGGGGAACUUACCUGCGGCACGCGUCACCGAAGGCCGUCCAUUUCUAAAUUGCGGCAUCGAUUACUGCGGCCCGUUUUUCAUAAAGGAAAGGAAGUUCAGGAAUCGAACCCGAGUGAUGGUGUACGUGGCGGUGUUUGUAUGUUUCGCGACAAAGGCAGUACACUUACACCUCGAAGUUGUCAACGAUAUGACAACGGAAACAUUCAUCGCCGCGUUGAAACGAUUCGUUGCGAGGAGGGGUAUAUGCAAAAACAUCUACUCCGACAACGGGACUAACUUCGUCGGAGCAGAUCACGAGUUAUCUCAGCUCUAUCGUGAGCUUCGAGAAGAGCCAAGGGUUCAAAAUUGGCUCGCGGAGAAGUCCAUCGCGUGGCACUUCAUCCCAGCGCUGUCACCCAAUUUCGGUGGUCUUUGGGAAGCGGCG